AUGGUUCCUGCAACGCGCAAGUUCCACUGGCCAGAGAUACAGCUGAACAUAUGGUUCUUCGUCGUGCUUGCGGGCUCAGCAACAUGUCUGGGAAUCUUCAGCUGGUUCAUGACAGUGCAGACGCAGAUGGAGCUGCCGACCCCCUGGGUCUUCCCCUUCAUGGUAGCCGCCGCCGCCUUAUCACUUAUAUUCCUCUUCCUGAUCGUCUUCCUCGCCAUCCAGCAUUCGCUAAUACCCGAAAUGAUAAUACUGGGCAGCUUCAUUCUCUUCGUGCUAUGGUUCACGGGCCUAAUAGGCACGUCCGUGCAGCUAUACGGUAGCAAAGCAAACAUCAAUUCAAACUGCCAGAAUUGGGUGUCUGGUUACCAGUACAAGGGCGCAAGUAUAAAUACCCUUGCGUGGCUGACGAAUAUAACAAUUUGCAACUGCUGGAAGACCGCAUUUGCAUUUGAAGUAGUCGUAUCGGUUUUCCUCCUCUGGAUGCUUGUCAUGGCAUUCCAGGUCCGAAAGCACACGGAUCCCUACUGA